AGUGAGGAGAAGGGUAUCCCCAGGAAAUAAAUUUUACUUUCUCUUCCCUUUUUGUUUCUCCUCCAUUGUGCAUACAAACAGAGCCUUAGCUUUGCCUAUUAGGCUCGUUUUUCUUCUUCCGCCAUUUCUUCCAACUUGUCUCGUCUUCUGGAAGAAAAGAAGGCCUACAAAGAGUUGGAUGAGAUAAUAGACAGAGAGAGAGAGAUGAUUUUAGCAGCUUUUGAGCUUUUAUUUAGGAAAAAAAAAUUGCUAUUAAGAAAGAGAGAUGGACCAGAUGGAUGUUGGUCAAAGAUUUUAGUCCUGCUGCUGUAGAACACAGACGCAGAGAGAGAGAGCGAGAGAAAGAGAGAGAGAGUGUGUCGUUUUUGUUAGGGCCAUGAAAAAAAUUGCUUCUUUCUUGCUUAGUAUCUUGAUCCAAAGAGAGGUAUAACGGAAUAGAGCAUCAAAAAGAUUUCUGUUUUUUUUUUUGGAUUGUUCGUUUCUUGGGUGUUGGAUAAUCUGUGUAUUGUUGUUUUAGAUUGUAAAAGCUUGUUAUAUAUAGUGACUGAAAACGAUUAAUGGGUAAGAAGAGGCCUCAAAAGACAAAGGAACUCUCUGUAGCAAUAGCAGAAGCUUCAUCCGCAGGAGAUGAAACCCACCACCAGCAGCCUCCUCAGACUCCGAGAAAGAGAGGAAGACCACGAAAAAUCAUUGAAAAGACAGAAAGCGAAGAGAAAAAGGAAGAAAUAGCAGCAACAGGAGGAGCAAAACCACCGGAAGAAGUUAUUGGGAAUCAUUCAAAGAAAGCUAAAAUCAUCCAAGGAGAAGAAAAACAGCAAGAGAUAGAAGCUGAGGGGCCAUCAGCUUCAACUAGAGGGAAAAAGAAAGAAGAGGGACAAUCAGAACAGAGGGGACCACCACCAAGGAGAAGCAGCAGGAGGAAAAGCAAACCCAUGAAGAGCAGUUUUUCAGGAGAAGAGGACUGAUGAAAAAUAAGAAGUAGCUGUGUUAUGCUUCCAGCAACUGGUCUUUAUUACCAAGAUGGUGGAGAUCGAUAAGAUCAAGAAAGUUACUUGCUCAGAAGAAGACCAAAAUGGAUGCCGACCCAUGACCUGUAACGGCACGUGACUUUCACGCCCUCCAAAAUUAUGAACGAGCCAUGGCCCCAGCCGCCUCAGCAAACCAAUUACUGACAUUGAUAGUUGGAACACGGAAGUAUGUUCUGACAUGACAUUGCGUGCUCUUCACGCUCUCAUGCCAACUUGAAACGAACAAGUGAAAGCGCCAAUUAACAAGGUUCGUAGCGGAAGAAAUAGAGUAAUAAAAAAAAAAGGUUAAAAAAGGAAAGACAUCGUGGCGGGUGAACUGAGGACAAACUUCGGAGUUUUUAAUUGGAUGCGGAAGAAAAGAUCGCAGCUGAGUCGUUUGGAUCACGCGCUAAUCCAGGUGGGAUCCAUCCGUAUCUGUAAGAGGGGCCCAGGAAAGAGGUUUUGGUGGUCCAUCGACCAGUCCGCCCAGUAACAACUUCUGGACAAAGCUACUGUUUGAUUGGCUUGUCCUUGUAUGGUGCAGUGGGAGUGUGUUUAAUUUAAAUUUAAUAUUUAUUAGAAAAGUUUAAUUUAAUUUAUUUUUAAUUUA